UGUGUGGUGUAGCAUUAGAACAACCAGUACAACUUUGAUCUGAUAGAAGAUCUAAUUGAUAGAUGCUACGGAUAAUCAAUUUAUCCUGUAACUUAAAUUAACAAAAUGUUAUCUCCUUCGCGAAAAUAUCAUUUGCCGAAUUCUCUUUGCUAUUCGUUUUCAAACUACCCCUCUGAAAAUUUUCUUGAGGAAUAUCAUGGUUCAAAUGAUAUCCCUAUCAAGGUGCUAAUAUUAUCAUGUGGAGAUUUACCUUUUGCUGUUAAGUCUACUUCUCUCAGUUCCGAUCAAAGAAUUGCUAACAUCACUGUAACAGAUAUGUCUGCCAUGGCAAUGGCACGAAAUAUCUUGUUUGCAAAAAUAAUUACUGAUACAAAAUUUAAUCCUGACAGCAAUGAAGAUUUACAAUAUUUGUGGAAUGUAUGGUAUAAUAUGGAGUGGUCAUCAGUAACUAAAGAGAGGUUUCUGAAGGACAUCACAGAAUUGAGCAUUGGUUGUUUCUCAGAUAAUUUAAAGGUUCCUGUUGAAAAUGAUUUGUCUGUUCUAAAGAACAUAUGGAAAUUCUGGGUUUCAUCAGUGUCUGAAGUAAACUUAGCUACCAUGCAACAAAUUCACAAACAAAGAUAUGAAUCCAUUAUAAAUAGCAUUCAUGAACUUGGGUCAAGCAAAACCUCAAAAUCAGAUAACAGUGUUUACAAGCCAACAUUAGCCGAAGUAUGGAAGUGGAUGAUUGCGCAGACAAAGGCUCAUAUUGAUCAAAAAGCAAGCAGAAAUGCCGAAGAAAUGCGUAUCUAUUUUGAAACGGGCAACUGCUCUCAGGACAAAGAAAUUAUGAUCUGCAUCAAUCCAACGCUCUUGGAACCAGCAACCGGCCACUGGACACUGAUUUCUUCCGUUUCACCGUUUGAAAUGUAUUUAAAUCUCAAACAGUUGCCCGCUCAGGGGAACUUUCUAGAAUCCUGUAAGAAGGCUUUGUGCAAUCAAGUUAUGAGCUAUCAAAAAUGGAUUACAGAAGCUACAUUGACUUUUCACAUUGGUGAUGCAUUAGAGCUGUGUUAUCGCAAAACGUGGACAGAACCGUUUAAUAUUGUAGAUUUUUCAAAAUUACCUAACCAUGUUGGUUUAGCAAAUAUUCUCAACGCUGCUCACCUCGUAUUGGCUUAUGAUCCUCAUGCAAUUAUCUUGACCCAAUCUUCUCCUUGGCGUGAAAACUCUGCUGUCAGUCGUUACGACUCUUCAAAAGAGUUCGUUGAAGCAUCUCUCUGCACUUCAAUUCAGAUGAUUCCCUCUUUAUAUGGUUUCGUCUUGAUUAAUCAUCUACAUCUGGGCAACACAUUACCACUUAAAACAAGCUGGCGAUCGUCGGUCCGUCUCCAAUGGAAACGUUCCCAAAAUUUCACAAAUAUGCGUCUUGAAAACUCCGGUGCCAUCAGCGACUUUUUUGAAGCGCUUCAAACAAAGAUCUUUAGUGAACUCGAGGUGCCACAAUUAAACACAAUCGAACCAUCAUUUACUCCCCUUACUUAUUGUUAUUUGGUCAGCUCGUUUACUUUUCGAGUUGAUCUUCUUGAAACCCAUCGUGAAUCUUUGGAGCAACCAGCAUCUUUACAUCCGUCGUCCCAACUUUCUUGGAAUACUCUUCAAUCCUGGAUGAACGGCGGAAAAAUUCUUUGUCUGAAAAUCAUUCUCAAACUCACAAACAGAGAGGCAAAAGGCCUACGACUUAUUUUGGCCAAUCAAAACGACAAGUGCUUUCACUUUAUCGAUAACUUUGGACUAAGCCGCGAUGGUUGUAAUAUAAUAGCGUCAUUCAUGCUCUUGGAGGAUCACCGUCUUGACCUAGAAAACACCAUUGCCUAUUUGAUAAGUGGCAACGCAUCUGUUUCUUCUACUUGUCCUCUGACUGAUGCUUCCACUACAGUAUUGGAUGUUUCUGCGCCUUUCCCGCGCAAGACCAAUUCCGCUGCGUUCCUCACAUGCAUAGAUUUUGAAGGGUUUUACCAUGUUGAUCUACCGGGAAUUAACCAAGAAGAUAUGAUCUUGUCUACAGACAGACAGCCACCGGCCGAAGCAGCACACCAAGUCACGCUUUUAGCUGGUGGAAUUUGUCAGGAGUUGACUUUCCCUUGGCCGUUCAAAGUUGCUGACGUUCACUCGUCUUGUGAAACGGAAACUAAUCGCGUUCGCUUGAUUUUACCUAAAUCAACCAAUGAGCCCCAUCCUUAUGAGUGGAAAGAUCGCAAGAGAUGGGAUGUCAGUUCACUGAAUUUAUGGAAUACCAAAAGCCUAUUGAAAGAUCUUAACUAUCAUCUGUGCGCUCAAUUCCAUUGCCGUGACUUGAAGCAACAGAUGUUGAACGAGACCGAAGAUGAUACAGUGAGAACUAACUCUUGUGUGAAAGGCGUAAGGGAGAUCAUUCGGACGCUUUUCCAGUCCACUACACUUGAUGGCAAUCAUUUGUAUGUUAUUCGGUCCAAGGAUGACCCCAAACUUAAAAAUCUAUGGUUCAUUCGGGUGCAUCUUCCUGUGCUGAUCUCUCCCCUAGGAGCUCCAAUGUUGUUGUUGACAGCUAAUGACCAUCGUCUAGCCCAAAAAUUGGUUGAUCGUGGUGAACUUGAACAAACAACGGCUACAGAAGAUUUUAAGCGUAUCUUCGUUGAAGGAGUGUCCUCGUCCGAAGUUUGUCCUCUAUUUGUCAAAUCGGAGGAAGAAGAAGGUGUGCUACGAUAUUUGUUCCGUUUAAAUUCGACCAAAAUACUCACCAACGCCUGGCCGAUCGAGCAGCUGCCCGUUGGAGAAACUAGCCCAUGGCUUGCCACAUUUGUUUCUCCUUGCUAUGCUGAUCAGACAGGAACUGAGGCUGAAAUGGAAGAUCUUGUGGCAACAACAAACCGAAUUUCCAUCAAAACACAAGAGGAAAAAAAAAUGAUCCUUAAAGAACAGGCGCUAGAGUCGAGUGUUUGCUCAAAAUGUAAACAGAUCAAAGUUAAUCUCAAACGUUGUUCACGAUGUCGUUCAGUGAAGUAUUGUAGUGUAGACUGUCAACGCUCUGAUUGGACAUUGCACAAAUCUUCAUGUCUCUAGUAUGGAUUGUUUCGUAUAAUGGAAUAUGGAUUAUAUUAAAAACUACCAGUAAAACAACCAAUGCAACUAU